AUGCUUCUGCUCCGUGGUCCCUCCGACUCUUGCUCUUUCGAUCGGCUCUUCGAUGAGCUCUCUCGCGGAUCCGUCCAGCUGCCCUACUGGAGAGACGCCGAUCACAGCUCGUUCAACUUCUCCAACACUGUCGGAGAGGUAGGAUACUGAAUUUUUUCAUUUUUUCAAAUUUUAUUCUUUUCCAGAUCGUCAACAACGACUCCAAGUUCGCUCUGCAACUCGACGUCUCCCACUUCAAGCCCGAGGAGAUGAAGAUUGAAUUGAACGGGCGUCAACUCAAGAUCGAGGGAGAACAGGAGACGAAAUCGGAGCACGGCUACUCGAAGAGAUCCUUCUCGAAGACGAUUCUGCUUCCGGAGGACGCCGAUCUGGCAGCGCUCAAGUCGGCCAUCUCCAACGACGGCAAACUUCAGAUCGAGGCUCCGAAGAAGGCGAACGGCGCUUCCAGAUCUAUCCCAAUCAACUUUGUCCACAAGCACUGA